CGAGCAAAUCCCGGGCGGACGAUCGACUGCAGGAGCCAUCAUCCUGUGAAUCUCUUGCUGCUCAGAAUUCCCCGUCUCUCCUUCUCGACCGUCCUCGCUCCCAUCUUUCCAAAAUGCGCGAAAUUGUGCAUUUGCAAGCCGGUCAGUGCGGAAACCAGAUCGGAGCCAAGUUCUGGGAGGUGAUCAGUGAUGAGCAUGGCAUUGAUCCCACUGGUACCUACCAUGGAGACAGUGAUCUGCAGCUAGACAGAAUCAGCGUCUAUUACAAUGAGGCCACAGGUGGGAAGUAUGUGCCCAGAGCCAUCCUGGUGGAUCUGGAGCCUGGAACGAUGGACUCAGUCAGGUCUGGUCCCUUCGGGCAGAUCUUCAGACCCGACAACUUUGUCUUUGGUCAGAGCGGAGCUGGAAACAAUUGGGCCAAGGGCCACUACACUGAGGGCGCCGAGCUGGUGGACUCCGUCCUGGAUGUUGUGAGGAAAGAAGCUGAGAGCUGCGAUUGCCUGCAGGGCUUCCAGCUCACUCACUCCCUUGGUGGCGGUACCGGCUCCGGUAUGGGCACCCUGCUCAUCAGCAAGAUCCGCGAGGAGUACCCCGACCGCAUCAUGAACACAUUCAGCGUGGUGCCUUCUCCAAAGGUGUCCGACACUGUGGUGGAGCCCUACAACGCCACUCUCUCCGUCCACCAGCUGGUGGAGAACACAGAUGAGACCUACUGCAUUGACAAUGAAGCUCUGUAUGAUAUCUGCUUCCGCACACUUAAACUCACCACCCCCACCUACGGAGAUCUCAACCACUUGGUGUCCGCCACCAUGAGCGGGGUGACCACAUGUCUGCGUUUCCCCGGCCAGCUCAACGCUGAUCUCCGUAAACUAGCUGUCAACAUGGUGCCCUUCCCCCGUCUGCACUUCUUCAUGCCCGGCUUCGCCCCCCUCACUAGCAGGGGCAGCCAGCAGUACCGCGCCCUGUCUGUGCCCGAGCUCACCCAGCAGAUGUUCGACGCUAAAAACAUGAUGGCCGCCUGCGACCCACGCCACGGCCGCUACCUGACCGUUGCUGCAGUGUUCAGGGGCCGCAUGUCCAUGAAGGAGGUCGACGAGCAGAUGCUGAACGUGCAGAACAAGAACAGCAGCUACUUCGUUGAAUGGAUCCCGAACAACGUGAAGACCGCCGUGUGCGACAUCCCACCCCGUGGUCUCAAAAUGGCCGCCACUUUUAUAGGUAACAGCACAGCCAUCCAGGAGCUGUUCAAGCGCAUCUCCGAGCAGUUCACCGCCAUGUUCCGCCGUAAGGCCUUCCUCCACUGGUACACUGGUGAGGGCAUGGAUGAGAUGGAGUUCACAGAGGCAGAGAGCAACAUGAACGACCUGGUGUCCGAGUACCAGCAGUACCAGGACGCCACCGCCGAGGAGGGCGAGUUUGAGGAAGAGGGAGAGGAAGAAGUCGCCUAAAACCACAGCCUACCAUCUGCCAAACCUCAUCUUACCUCAUCCAUCCCCCUUCAUCAUGAAUUGAACGCUCUGAAAAACUGUCAUCAUCUAGAUCACUGUUGCUCUAGUGUUAGACAUUGACAUGUACUGAAACUAGUGAAGUUUUUGGUGAAAAUGUUUUCGUUUGUUGUGAAUGCACCGAUUUAACGACAUCCUUUCAUUUUUCCUGUCAUUGCCUUUGCGGAAUUCAAAAGCAAGUGAUUUUAACUGUGAAGCCUUGAAGUUGGAGGGUAAAUAAAAUCUGAUUAAAAGGCCA